AACUUCGAUCUGACAGUAAGGUGGAUACCGGGGCACAAGGAGGUAGAAGGGAACGAGCUAGCGGACGUAUUGGCCAAGGAAGCAGCGGAAAAGAGAGGAAACACGAGCAUGAAAGAACACCUACCACCCUUCCUCCGUCAUGGUCGACUCCCAGACAGCGCCGCAGCCAUCAAACAGUGGCAUCAAGAAGACCUGCGCACCCAAUGGUCAGCAACGUGGAAGAGAUCACCACGUUAUGCAAAAGCAUCAACCAUAGACGCCAGCAUGCCCUCCAAAAAGUUC